GACAUAACAACCCCAGACACAGAGAGGCUCGACACACAUUGUUUUAAUAAGUUAUAUGUGAAAUCAAGGGCAUCUGCGCGUAUCAAGAGAUAGAUUGGUUAGACAAGAAAAACUUCUAUUCAGUAUAUUUUUCACUGUAGCUUCAGAGGAAACCGCACGUCUCAUCUGAGUCACUUUUGCAUUGGAAUCUAAUGCGUAAUAGUGAUCACCAAAGGACACUGACUAUCCAGAGCUCUGAGAAUUAAUUUGUUUUUAAUCUACCUACUUUAUUUAAAACAGAAAUGCAGGUCAUUUUGUUUGUUUCAGUAGUUUCACUUUACAUCAAGUCUGUCGUCGCGGAUACUAAAGCCAAGUGUCCGGAGCGCUGUGUUGUGAGUACGUGUCCGAGCCCGAGCUGUCCGAGCGGGUAUGUUCCUGACCGCUGUAACUGCUGUCUGGUGUGCGCGCCGGGAGAGGGGGAGCCCUGCGGCCGUAAGGACGAUCUGCCCUGCGGAGACGGUCUAGAGUGCAAGCAUCCUUCUGGAAAGAGACUGUCUAAGGGAGUGUGUCAGUGCAGAUACAUUAGUAAAGUGUGUGGUAGUGAUGGAAACACGUAUGAUAACAUUUGCCAGCUAAAAGCAGUGAGCAGGAAAGCUCUGCAGCAGGGUCUCCCAGGAGUCACUAACCUGCAUAAAGGACGCUGUGAAAGCAGUCAAGGUCCCACACACCCUAACAGCCAGAGGAACAAAUUCAACUUCAUUGCUGACGUGGUGGAGAAGAUCGCCCCUGCUGUGGUGCACAUUGAGCUGUUCCUAAACCACCCCCUCUUUGGCCGGACAGUUCCACUGUCAAGUGGAUCUGGUUUCUUAACGUCAGAGACCGGGCUGAUCGUGACCAAUGCCCAUGUGGUUUCCAGCACCACAGCUGUUUCGGGUCGUCAGAGACUCAAAGUACAGAUACGGGAUGGGGAUGUGUAUGAGGCCACGAUAAAAGACAUCGACAAGAAGUCUGACAUCGCUACUAUCAAAAUCAACCCACAGAAAAAGCUGCCAGUUUUAUUACUGGGUCACUCAGCAGACCUGCGCCCUGGUGAGUUUGUGGUGGCUAUUGGCAGUCCUUUUGCCCUGCAGAAUACAGUGACAACAGGAAUUGUCAGCACAGCUCAGAGAGAUGGGAAAGAACUUGGACUCCGUGACUCUGACAUGGACUACAUUCAGACUGAUGCCAUCAUUAACUACGGAAACUCGGGUGGACCACUUGUCAAUUUGGAUGGAGAGGUGAUUGGAAUCAAUACACUGAAAGUAGCUGCAGGAAUCUCCUUCGCCAUUCCUUCAGACAGAAUAAUCCGUUUCUUAAAUGACUCCCUGGGAAAGCAAAACAAAGAGGCAAAAUCAGUGAAAAAGCGUUUCAUUGGAAUUCGGAUGCUCACCAUCACAGAAGUUCUCGUGGAGGAGCUGAGGCAGCAGAAUCCAGACUUCCCUGAUGUAAGCAGUGGGAUCUAUGUUCAUGAGGUGGUUCCUCACUCCCCUGCUCAGAAAGGGGGCAUUAAAGAUGGUGAUAUCAUCGUUAAACUGAAUGGAGAGCCAUUGAUGAGCACCAGUGACCUGAAGGAAGCACUCAACAAAGACACCAAACUGCUGCUGGAGGUGCGCCGUGGCAACGAUGACCUGCUUUUCAACAUUGAGCCUGAUGUCAUCAUGCAGUAACAAUUUAUCAGAAUGUAAACAAUGUAAUUGACAAAGACAUUGGCAUGUGCAGUCAUGUCCAAAGGGAUGUUUAAUGGAGCAUCCUAAACACCAAGGACCUCUAUUACAAGCAGAGAAAAUCUAAUCUCGAGUUUUUGUAAUCUCAGUCAUGUCAAGCCUGCCUAAGAAGGUUUAUAUGAAAGGCAUUUCAUAUUAGCUUUGAUACAGGUUUGAAGGGGAGAAAUGGCUAAAUAUGAAAACGUACUGUAUUUUGUAGAAUAAGACAAUGCUGGUGAUAUUUUUGAAGUUUCUGCUUUUAUGCCAGAAACAGACAAUCCACAAUGAAAUGUUAAAAUGGGAAAUGAUAUAGUGAAAAGAUGACAUUUCAUACAUUUAUUGAUCUUGUAAAAAUAUCCAUAUAAUUAUUAUGAGAUAUAGUAUGAAAAUUAUAUAUGUUGAUAGCUCAACAUUCAUUACUGGACCUGCAUUGUGGCACCAGUGGCAAAAAUCAAUUGCUGUGCAAGGAUUUUAAUGAGUUUUAUAAUUUGUAAAUAAUACCUGUCAUAAUGAAUUACAUUUUUAUAUGCUUAUCUUGUUCAGUUAAAUAUGUGCUCUUUUAUAUAAGCAGAGAUCAAAAUGAAUUAUUUCAUGUUUUUUUUUUUGUGGUUAAUAUGUCUACAGCAUCCUUUUUUUUAUGCAACAUAUCAUAAUUCAUAAUCCAUGUCUUCAAAUAAACUCAUAUGGUUGGUUCUCUUCAGCUGGAUUUAUGAACAUUGAACCUACCUACAGAAUAGAACUUUCUCAGAAAACAACAACUUAGCAUAUUGGUGGAUCAACCAGUGCAUGUUGAAUUUGAACAGAGCAGUCAGUUGGUUAACUCUUUCUAAGAAGCUUAUAUUCAUAAUGCAUUGUAAAGACAUUUUAAAUGCAUUAUACUGCAUUCAUAAUGCCUCAUAAAACGCCUUUGAAAAAGAUAUAUCUUCUCAAUAAUUUUAACUAGUAUAAUUCAUUAUAAUACUUAACCUAUUCAUAGUUAUAUAUUAAAGAGUAUAGUAUAUGACCUCACAAUGAACAUCCAAUUUUAUCAGCAGAUAUUAAUCAAGUUUAUUACGUAGCUCUCUGGAAUACUGUAUUCCUAUUGGUCAAUGGCGCCAUCCAGCGGUCAGAUAUUGCUCUGUAACAACCGCACAUCCGGGUUCUGCAAGCCGUCUCUCCUGCUUCUCAACUCACUUUGCAAUCUCUACAAGUAAGCUAAUAAAAUAAUUUCA